AUGACCAUAUUAGGAGAAAGUGAAUCAGCUGAUAAGGUUGCAAUCAAAAGUAGACAAUAUCAUUUUCAAGAAUUACUCAAGAAUUAUUAUUCUGACAAUAUUUUUAAUACAGAUGAGACAGGUCUCUAUUUUCAUCUUGGGUCAGACAAAACACUUGCAUCUAAAAGUAAUGUUGCUAAAGGAUUUAAAAAAGACAAGCAAUGA